AAUUUCCCCCCACGCCCUCGCGCCCCUUCCUCCUCUCCCCUUCUUAUCCCCCCACGCCUACGCCCUCCCUUAUCUCAUCCCAUCGCCACUUAGAACGACAUCUCUCUCUCUCCUCGUCCUUUCCUUUUCUGCCUCGCUCGACGAAACCCUAACCCUAAGAUUUCGCCAUGAAAGGUGGGAGGUCGAAGGCCGACACGUCGAAGAAGGCCGACACUAAGCUUUCGAUGAAGAGGAGGGGGGCGGAGAAGGCGAAGAAGACGGUGAAGAAGGCGAAGGCCGGGAAGGACCCGAACAAACCGAAGAGGCCGCCAAGCGCCUUCUUUGUCUUCAUGGAGGAGUUCCGGAAGCAGUUCAAGGAAAAGAACCCAAAUAAUAAGCUGGUCUCUGUGGUUGGCAAAGCCGGAGGUGAUAAGUGGAAAUCCUUGUCUGAGGCUGAGAAGGCUCCCUACGUGGCCAAGGCAAACAAGUAUAAGACCGAAUACACCAAGAACAUGGCCGCUUACAAUAAGAAAACGGCUGAGGGACCAACUAAAAACGCCGAUGACGAAGAAGAAUCCGACAAGUCCAAGUCUGAGGUGAACGAUGAUGAGGAUGACGAAGAAGGGAGCGAAGGGGAAGAGGAGGAAGAGGAGUAGGUGGUGGGAGGGCGAUAGUGGAAGGCGAAGCAAAGGACCGCGCAUUAAAGAUUCCCCCUCUAUUACCUUUUUUUUUUGGUUGUCCCUCGUUUUGUUUUUACUCCUUUUUGGGGAAAAAAAAUCUAGAAGUAGAUAUCAGAAUUUGUCACUUUUGUUACAGUGGGGAACUGUACUCUUUUGUGAGAUGUGCGGCUGGACGCAGGACGGUCGCAUCUCCGCCGUCCAUCACCAUCUUGUACCUACGUUCAUCUAACUCUUGAGCUGAUUUUGGUACAAUAUAUGUAUCACUCUGUGCUCCCCUCUAGUAUUCGUGCUUAAUGUUCUAAUUAUUUUUCUGUA